AUGCUCAAGGACAGCGGCUUCAUCGCUUUCCCGGAUCGCCUGGCGAACCUUGCUCGGCGAUCGUCACUCGCUAUGGCUUCCGCCUUCAACCGCUCUACCCCGACGACGAAACCCCCGACACCGAGUGCCCAGGUGCGCAUGGCACUCGCGGUCCUCGACCAGGACACCGGUCCGUCCUCAAACCGCAUCCUGCCUGAGACGACUCGUCUCGGCGCCCGCAUCGUCCGGUAUCCAUACAUCCAUUCUCAUCCAAACGAGCUGCAUGUCGAGCUGCAUGAGCGGGUCAAUGUCCUUCGCAUCGAAAAGAACGGCCAGGUCAUGGCCCAAAACGACCGGGGUGAGUGUGGGUACUUGCCCGAGGAAAUCUUGGCCCCCGGUCUGGCCACCACACCCACUCCUCCCGCCCGACGCAAGGGCAAGCGGAUCCACCGCAGCUCAGCCGAGACCCUCGCCUCUGUGGCGAGCUCGACUCUUGAGUUCCGGCUGGACGACGUUAUCCGGAUCGAAAGGAUCUUGCCCGACGGCUCGGCCAUCGGCCGUAACCAACGGGGCGAGUCCGGCAUGUUGGCAACCAAAGCCCUUACCACCACCAGCAGCACACCCACUCUCCGCAGCCAGUACACAGCCUCGCCUCGGCACAAUCAAUAUCCCAAGCCGGUGAUUUAUUACCGGAUCAUCCACGACCACAAGGCCGACAUCAUCGGCGGCCUCUCGGUGCAACGAAACGAGACCCUAACCGUCAUCAGAAUCUACAAGAAUGCCUGGGCUUUUGUUCAUACCUCGGAGGGACAGCGGGGCAUCGUGCCCAUCUCCAUCUUGGUGCCAUGCGACCCCAAGGAACGGCCCUUCGAGGUAUCGCUGAUCGAGCCGACUGUCCUGCCGGGCACUCUGAAAUCCAGCCUCGUUGGCAAAACCCUCACGGUCACCACCAACUUUGGGGGACAGCUGUCAUCGUCAUCGCCGUCGCCGUCGUCCACGGCCGAUCCACUUCGGCUGAAUGUCGGCGACAGCUUCACGGUUCACGAAGUCUUUGAAGAUGGCUGGGCCAUGGGAAGGAGCCAUCGAGGUACCAACGGGUUCAUCCCAGUCGCUAUCCUGGACCAGCAAGAGAUGUGGAAUCGGCAGGCGAGGCAAUCGCAGGCGAGCCGAUCUCAAGCGACUCGAUCCCAGACGGGCGCCGGCACAGUUGCGGCAUGACGGCGCUGUCCUAGACCCCACUCCCCGGACCCAUGUUCGUUGACAGGGGGCGUGAUCCUUUGAUAGGAAUCAUGUUCGUUGACAAGGGCGCUCUUUGCUGGCAGGGGACAUGGCCCCUUGGCCAUGCUUCAUAUGUACUCCAUCCGCAGCUUGUCGUGUCUGGCACAGCCAUGCCCAUUUUUGCUUCCACCAACCAGACCUCGUUUUGUUUGUCGAUGUGCGAUUGUCUCCGCAUCAAUUUAUCAUCUGGAUCGAACAGCCCGGUCCAUCCCACUGGUCCAUCAUAGGCCACAAACCUGCAUUACUACACUCCUUGCACGCCAUUCCCAUUCUUCAUCUGCCAUUCCCAUUCCGCCCCCCCUUUGCAAUCACUCACGCAUUUCGCUCACGCAUAUCCAUGUUGGUCUUUUGUUUCAUGCAUCAUACUUACGGCACAUGCAGAAUACAGCAGCACGCAUGUGCAGGCUCGACAAG